AUGUUCUCACAACUUUAUUCUUCCAUCAAGGCUCCGCUCAUCUUCUUUCUUUCCAUUAAGGUGUUCUCCCCCCUUUCUUCUGCAGUUAAGUCUUCACUGAAAUUUGCUGUUUACUCAAAUCUUCUCACAACUUUGUUCUUCCAUCAAGGCUCCGAUCAUCUUCUUCCUUCCAUUAAGGUGUUCUCUCCCUUUUCUUCUGCAGUUAAGGCUUCACUGAAAUUUACUGUUUACUCAAAUGUUCUCACAACUUUAUUCUUCCAUCAAGGCUACGCUCAUCUUCUUCCUUCCAUUAAGGUGUUCUCCCCCCUUUCUUCUGCAGUUAAGGCUUCACUGAAAUUUGCUGCUCCGCUCAUCUUCUUUCUUUCCAUUAAGGUGUUCUCCCCCCUUUCUUCUGCAGUUAAAUCUUCACUGAAAUUUGCUUUUUACUCAAAUCUUCUCACAACUUUAUUCUUCCAUCAAGGCUCUGAUCAUCUUCUUCCUUCCAUUAAGGUGUUCUCUCCCUUUUCUUCUGCAGUUAAGGCUUCACUGAAAUUUACUGUUUACUCAAAUGUUCUCACAACUUUAUUCUUCCAUCAGGGCUCCGCUCAUCUUCUUCCUUCCAUUAAGAUGUUCUCCCCCCUUUCUUCUGCAGUUAAGACUUCACUGAAAUUUGCUGUUUACUCAAAUCUUCUCACAACUUUAUUCUUCCAUCAAGGCUCCGCUCAUCUUCUUCCUUCCAUUAAGGUUUUCUCUCCCCUUUCUUCUGCAGUUAAGGCUUCACUGAAAUUUGCUGUUUACUCAAAUUUUCUCACAACUUAUUCUUCCAUCAAGGCUCCGCUCAUCUUCUUCCUUCCAUUAAGGUGUUCUCUCCCCUUUCUUCUGCAGUUAAAGGCUUCACUGAAAUUGGCUGUUUACUCAAAUCUUCUCACAACUUUAUUCUUCCAUCAAGGCUCCGCUCAUCUUCUUCCAUCCAUUAAGGUUUUCUCUCCCUUUCUUCUGCAGUUAAAGGCUUCACAGAAAUUUGCUGUUUACUCAAAUCUUCUCACAACUUUAUACUUCCAUCAAGGCUCCGCUCAUCUUCUUCCAUUCAUUAAGGUGUUCUCUCCCCUUUCUUCUGCAGCUUCACUGAAAUUUGCUGUUUACUCAAAUCUUCUCACAACUUUAUUCUUCCAUCAAGGCUCCGCUCAUCUUCUUCCAUCCAUUAAGGGGUUCGCUCCCCUUUCUUCUGCCGUUAAGGCUUCACUGAAAUUUGCUGUUUAUUCAAAUAUUCACACAACUUUUUUCUUCGAUCAAGGAUCACGUCAACUUCUUCCUUCCAUUAAGGUGUUCUCUCCCCUUUCAUCUGCAGUUAAGGCUUCACUGAAAUUUGCUGUUUACUCAAAUCUUCUCACAACUUUAUUCUUCCAUCAAGGCUCCGCUCAUCUUCUUCCAUCCAUUAAGGUGUUCUCUCCCCUUUCUUCUGCAGUUAAGUCUUCACUGAAAUUUGCUGUUUACUCAAAUCUUCUCACAACUUUUUUCUUAGAUCAAGGCUCCCCUCAACUUCUUCCUUCCAUUAAGGUGUUCUCUCCCCUUUCAUCUACAGUUAAGGCUUCACUGAAAUUUGCUGUUUACUCAAAUCGUCUCAAAACUUUAUUCUUCCAUCAAGGCUCCGCUCAUCUUCUUCCUUCCAUUAAGGUGUUCUCUCCCCUUUCUUCUGCAGUUAAGUCUUCACUGAAAUUUUCUGUUUACUCAAAUCUUCUCACAACUUUAUUCUUCCAUCAAGGCUCCCCACAUCUUCUUCCUUCCAUUAAGGUGUUCUCUCCCUUUUCUUCUGCAGUUAAGGCUUCACUGAAAUUUACUGCUCCGCUCAUCUUCUUUCUUUCCAUUAAGGUGUUCUCCCCCCUUUCUUCUGCAGUUAAGUCUUCACUGAAAUUUGCUGUUUACUCAAAUCUUCUCACAACUUUGUUCUUCCAUCAAGGCUCCACUCAUCUUCUUCCUUCCAUUAAGGUGUUCUCUCCCUUUUCUUCUGCAGUUAAGGCUUCACUGAAAUUUACUGUUUACUCAAAUGUUCUCACAACUUUAUUCUUCCAUCAAGGCUACGCUCAUCUUCUUCCUUCCAUUAAGGUGUUCUCCCCCCUUUCUUCUGCAGUUAAGGCUUCACUGAAAUUUGCUGCUCCGCUCAUCUUCUUUCUUUCCAUUAAGGUGUUCUCCCCCCUUUCUUCUGCAGUUAAAUCUUCACUGAAAUUUGCUUUUUACUCAAAUCUUCUCACAACUUUAUUCUUCCAUCAAGGCUCUGAUCAUCUUCUUCCUUCCAUUAAGGUGUUCUCUCCCUUUUCUUCUGCAGUUAAGGCUUCACUGAAAUUUGCUUUUUACUCAAAUCUUCUCACAACUUUAUUCUUCCAUCAGGGCUCCGCUCAUCUUCUUCCUUCCAUUAAGAUGUUCUCCCCCCUUUCUUCUGCAGUUAAGACUUCACUGAAAUUUGCUGUUUACUCAAAUCUUCUCACAACUUUAUUCUUCCAUCAAGGCUCCGCUCAUCUUCUUCCUUCCAUUAAGGUUUUCUCCCCCCUUUCUUCUGCAGUUAAGGCUUCACUGAAAUUUGCUGUUUACUCAAAUCUUCUUACAACUUUAUUCUUCCAUCAAGGAUCCCCUCCUCUUUUUCCUUACGUUAAGAUAUUCUCUCCCCUUUCGUCUGAACCAAAGACUAGGACUCUCACACAAUCUUUUAUACCUCCUAGCAAACCAUUAAUAUUGCUGACGUAA